AUGACCGCGCUCCUGACGUGCUUCAAGAUGUGCGACUUCGGGAACGACACGAGGUGCGCGGGGGAGAAGCGCGCGCUGAACGAUUGCCUCACCUUGCACGCCACGAGACCGAAGCAAAAGCAGACGAUCAACUUCCACCUGCAGCGAUUAGCGCGGCUCGCGAAGCGAUGA